GUUCCUCAAAAUUUACGUUCUAUUUUCUAUUGGGGACCUUUUUAAAAAAAAAAAAUCAAAACUUUAAGGAGCCAGAAAACAACCUUUGACUGCCGUGUGAAUUUGGAAGUCUGGGGGUCCUUUUAGGUCCACGCAUCUAUAAGCUGUCUGAGGAAUUCUAAAACGGGGACCAAUGGGACUUACAAGAUCUGCCUGGAAAUUAAAAAAAAAAAAGUACAGCCUUGGAGCAAAAGAUCAAGAGAGAGAAGGCAGAACAGUGUGACGAGAAAAAUAGGCUGGGGUGCUUGUGCAGAGGAAUCUAGCACUGCAUACAAUGAGUUGUAAGCAGUCACUUUUCAGGUCCGCGGGAGUGGUCAUAGAUUGCUCAAUGUUGUAUUUCAUACAGGAAGACGCUGGAAGAAGAGUGUGAGCAGCUGCAUCACAACGCACUGAGUCGAUUUUUAAUGAAAUUUGAAAACCAAUAUCAAAUGAUAAAAAGGGCCAUCUGAAACACUCAGGGAAUACGGAGUAAGCCAAACACAGACAAGAAGUCCGGCGGGUGACUUGACAGAGGGAAGUUUUUCUGUUCUUCACUGGCCAAACACACACACACACACACACACACACACAAACCACAUUUGAUGAACAGGAAGUAGCCGGGUCUGGCACACUGCAGAGUUUGCAAAGCAGAGGUUUGGGUUUCCCUUCUGAGGGCCAUCUUUAUCUAAAUAACUACUUAGAAAAUAGUAUGUUACUUGAAAACUUUUGUUUUUUAUCCAAGCUGUUUUCUUUCCUCAGAAAAAAAUUUUCAUUUGAUGAAUAUUUCUUCUCUAAUUUCAUCUGUUAUGAGGCAAUGUCACAAAUUGCUUUUUAUUUUUUAGCUUUGAAAUUAUUAUUUUUUUUAAUUUGCUUUUACAGCCCCCCUCCCCCUCCUCCCGGCCCCGCAGGGUGGGUAUAGCAAGCGUUAUAGCCCAAGCCUUUAAUCCCAGGACUCGGGAGGCAGAGAAGCAGUUUUAAGUUCAAGGCUAGCCAGCUACCCAGAGAAAGUGUCUCGUGUCUCAAAAAGAAAACAAAACAAAAAGGGGAAAUCUUUUUUGCAUGUGUGAAGUACGUGUUUGCAUUUGUGCGUGGAAGCCUUUGCAGGGGUCAAAAGACAACCUUGUUCGAGAAGGGGCCUCUGUAUUUAUUUUGUCUGUUUGUUUUUGUUUUGUUGUUGUUGUUGUUUGUUUGCUACUGCCGGAGACCUUCUGGAGACGGGUCUGGAUUGGCACUGACAUCACCACACCACAGCUUUUCACACCUUAUCUUACCGAAAGCCUUAUUUUAGUAUAACUGAAGGUACAUCUUUCCUCUGACUUCUGCUUUCGCACCUUUCCGAGUCGCUGUUACCCCGAGCACUUUAAUGUCCUUUCAAUCAAAGACCUGUAAAACACCUUUAUUUGUCGAUCAGGGAACUGAGAUUCUGAAAGGAAAAGGGUAGGUUUCUGUCUCUCCUUGUCCCCUCCCUUCCCAACCGCCCCCACCCCCUACUCCUCGGCUGGCUUGGAACUCCCCUUGUAGCCCAGCCUGGCCUCGAACUCUCAGAUAACACCUGCUUGCACCCUGAGUGCCGGGAUUAAAGAUCUGUACGACGCCCGGCCGCAGACGCUUUUUAAGUGCACCUGUGUAAUGGAGGGUAGUCCUGAUUGGUUGUCUAUGACGCAUUAAAUUAGGGCUUGGAACCAUAGGGCUACACCAAUUGAAGGUUGCCGGACCUUCAACGAAGGCCAAUCGGAUGCUAGAACCUAGCAAGCCACCUGCGAUCAACCAGAGCUCAGCAGCGGAGGCCGGGGAGCGGCUGGCCAAUCAGCGGGCGAGCGGCGAAGAAGAGGCGGGGCCUUCGCGCAAGAUGCAGAGCACCGCGCAACUGCGCUGCGGGAGCCCGAGCGGAGCCUGAGACCUGGUCCAAGCUGAGUUGAAAAUCGGCCCAAUCCAGAGGUUUGUGGGCGGAAAAGGUGUUCCUCUCCCACCAGCAAGCUUCACCAUGAUCCACAGUCUUUUCUUGAUCAACUCCUCGGGAGACAUUUUCCUGGAGAAACACUGGAAAAGUGUGGUCAGUCGCUCUGUUUGUGAUUACUUUUUUGAGGCCCAGGAGAGGGCCACGGAGGCCGAAAACGUUCCUCCCGUUAUCCCCACGCCGCACCACUACCUCCUGAGUGUCUACCGACACAAGAUCUUCUUUGUGGCCGUGAUUCAGACAGAGGUUCCGCCUCUGUUUGUCAUUGAAUUCCUUCACCGAGUAGUGGACACGUUUCAGGACUAUUUUGGAGUCUGUUCAGAGCCAGUCAUCAAAGACAAUGUGGUUGUGGUCUACGAGGUAUUGGAAGAGAUGCUGGACAAUGGGUUCCCCUUGGCUACUGAGUCCAACAUCCUCAAAGAACUGAUAAAGCCCCCCACCAUUCUCCGGACGGUGGUCAACACCAUCACAGGAAGCACCAAUGUGGGAGACCAGCUCCCGACGGGGCAGCUUUCGGUGGUGCCUUGGCGACGGACGGGGGUGAAGUAUACCAACAACGAGGCCUACUUCGAUGUGGUUGAAGAGAUAGACGCCAUCAUCGACAAGUCAGGUUCCACGGUCACCGCUGAGAUCCAGGGAGUGAUUGAUGCCUGUGUUAAGCUGACCGGGAUGCCAGACCUCACUCUGUCCUUCAUGAACCCUAGGUUGCUGGACGAUGUUAGCUUCCAUCCCUGUGUCCGGUUCAAGCGCUGGGAAUCUGAGCGCAUCCUCUCCUUCAUUCCUCCUGACGGCAACUUCCGCCUGCUCUCCUACCAUGUCAGUGCGCAGAACCUAGUUGCGAUUCCAGUCUAUGUCAAACAUAGCAUCAGCUUCCGGGACAGUAGCUCACUUGGACGCUUUGAAAUCACAGUGGGACCCAAGCAGAGCAUGGGAAAGACAAUAGAAGGUGUGACUGUCACUAGCCAGAUGCCCAAAGGAGUCCUGAACAUGAGCCUCACUCCAUCCCAGGGGACACACACGUUUGACCCCGUGACAAAGAUGCUGUCUUGGGAUGUAGGCAAAAUAAACCCACAAAAGCUGCCGAGUUUGAAGGGGACAAUGAGUCUUCAGGUUGGAGCUUCUAAACCAGAUGAGAACCCCACAAUUAACCUGCAGUUUAAGAUCCAGCAGCUGGCUAUUUCUGGACUCAAAGUGAACCGUCUGGAUAUGUACGGAGAGAAGUACAAGCCGUUCAAGGGCAUAAAGUACAUGACCAAAGCCGGCAAGUUCCAAGUUCGAACCUGAGGGGCACGUGUUCCUUGGAGGAGCAAUGACGGACAUGUUUUCAUUUCUUACUUGUCUAAAAGUAAAACGUCAGCCUGUUUCUUAGGUCAGUUUUCUCCAGGCUCCAUCUGCUCCCUUUUGUCCUCAGUCUUCAGUGCCGUGUAACUGAUUAAGGGAGAAAGGCUUGUCAGGGAACGCACGGCCAAACUCAGCACAGCCCUGACUGAGUUCUAGAGAAGCGUAUGGUGGAGAGCCGUGCUACGUGCUGUUGUAUGUCACUACUUUUCCAUGGCUGCCACGGGGUGGGGGGAUAGACCAGCACUUGCUGUUUGUUUGGUUGUAAUUAUCUAAGUCCAAUGGAAGAUGUCUCUAUUGAUUUUUUUUUAAGAUAGAAAGAUUUGAAAGACAAAAAAAACGAUUGGAAAAAAGUAAGUGUCAGUCAAAGAGAGACCAGUGCAGAUUUGAUCCAUGGGUCUGGGUUGUGACUCAGUGGCAGAGCGCUGGCCUAGGAUGUGUGCAAGCCCUGGUUCGUUCCUAGCAUGGCCCGUGGGACAAGACAGAUCUGCCAUAUGAGGGAUAAGCCAGAUAAGCUAAUAUGAAAAGAGUUAUAACAAGAGACUCUACAGAGAAGGACUGGCCAAAAAAGUGGUCAGAGUUUCCCCAGGGACUACGAGGAGCAGGGUGGAGUGGUUUCUUUCUGACCCUUCUCAUGUAUAGGAAGGACUUGCAUGUCCAGGACUUCCAGAGUUCAAGUCCACACUUGACAUGAAACCACAGUGGGGUCACUUUCCCUUGGAGGCUGGAGCGCUGUGGCCUGACUUUUAGGUUCUCUCUUGGGCUUGCUCCUUGUGCUGGCCGAUCAUCUUGGUGGGAAGGUUGCCAGAGCAGCUAACAGUCUCUUGCUGGGUAUCCAACUCCUCGGUGGGAGCUCCCCCAAAACAGUUUGGUGCAGCUAGAUUUUUCUGAAUUAGAAAUGUUGAUUGAGAUGGGAACUCGUGUCCCACAGAAGUAGACCAUGCCUAUGCGUGGUGGCCGCCAUUUGUGUUUGUCAGGCUGGACUGGCCCCAAGCCUUACCCUUUCUUGUCUGAAGGUCCCCAUCAGAAGCCCCCAGUGGGCAGGGCACCCCGAAGGCAUGAGUCCAUGAAGCUGCCUACCAUCUGUACACUGUUGUCUACCUGUUGACAGCAGACUGCUCCCAGUCUACGUUUAAGACAAAAAAAGAAAAAAAAACAAAAAAGGUGUCUUGAACCUUUGAGUAAAAUCAGAUGCCGUAGGAGGGCAGGCUGUGUUAUCUUGAGUAAACCACGAGUUUAAACCAUGGCAGCCGAAGGAGCAUGACUUUCCUAGUGAGUAUUUCUUAAUCUGUUUCAGUGUGUCCAUUACUCAUUUUAGUACCUACAUAAAAGGUGGGGUUUGUUUUUUUAACUUGCAGCCUGGGGAGCGGCUGUGCUCUGUGUUGUGCGGGGAGGGGGGAAGCUCCGUUUCCUUUGGUCCUCACAGCUCUCCCCUAGAGUCCUGUUUGCAAUCACUUGUGCUCACUUAGUUUCUGUGCUUGUUCUUUUUCUGGCUAGUUGUAUCUUGCUGUGGCCAGUACUUAGUUUUGCUGCUGGGUGAUGUUUCUUUGUGAUUUUCUUGUGGGGUGGACCGUGCUAUGUACAGUCAGCUGAUUCUGACCGCUCCACUCCGGAAUCUGGACUAGGGUAGCUCCGCACACCCGGUGUGGAGAGAGACACUCUGCAGAUGACUUUCAGGGCAUGAUGUCACCUCCACAGGCUCCGCUGGAUUCCAAGGCUUCUUGAGACACAGGGAACUCUUUAUAUCGGUCCUUGAAUAUGUUCAGGUUCAUAAGUGCAGUUCCUUUAUUCUGUCUAGCACAGGACAGCUUGUCUACCUAGAAAGAGACGGGGUUGGAGUAUGGGACCUGCGGGCCUAGACAUGGUGGAUGUAGGCAGGCCUGACUGUCCCCAUUCAGUGACUGUCAGUCAGCUGGCAGGUAGUGCAGGGUGUCUCAAUAGCUCCCCACGCUGUGUGGUCCAUGUGCAGAAGUAGUAGUAUUUCUGUUUAAGUCUUAAUAAAGCUUUAUCAGUCUGG